AUGUCAGUUUCGCCUUCUUCAACUUCUGGAUUCAAGCAAAAGGCACAACAUGACAUCGCAAGCCCUCCAGCGCAGCGACCUCAUUCCUCCCCGACAGCCAGGAGGAUAGUCCAACCAGGCUCGAUUCAAGCCUUGCUUCGAGAUCAUUGCCGCGUCCGCUUGUAUGUCCCACCGAUAGCAUGGACUUCGAAGCAGCUACGACUUUUGAAUUGCCAGUUCGUCCUGCAGGAUGGAAGGCGAACACGACCAGCACCGCUAAAUUCUGGUCUCCAUGACGAUGGGAGUAGCGCGGCUGGUGGUGUUGCACAGAGAAAGCUAGGUCGCACCACACGCGCAGCAACCUAUCUAACACGGACAGGUACCUUGACGACCAAGAACCCUAAAUGCCUUGCUUUCUACUUUGAUUGCCGACCUGUUGCGAGAGUUUCAUCAGACCUUGUUUUCUCGAGCAAUUCCGUGACUCCGAGUCUUGCUUACAUCACCUUUGAUAAGAUACAGUCACUUCGUAAGAGACAUGUACAUGUAUUAUCUUCCAAGAAAAUCAACGCCCCCGUUCUCCGUAUCAGGCAGAAAAAGCUAAAUUCUCUGGAACCCCAAAAUCUCGCCGAAGACCCAUAUAUCGUGGGGAUACUGAUAGCUUUAGCUCAGGAGCAACGGUGGCUACGAGAGCAGCAGCAGGGUCUGCAGGGGCAAGAUACCGACGUUAUUACAAGCAAUCAGGUCGAAGAGGUGCCUGCAGUUAUCACGUCAAGUGUUGCGAAAUCGAGUUGUUCGUUCAAGGUCCAAGUCCUGGCCCUUCAAGGGAUAGCUGCCGGUGCCCUCUACGUAUACACCGCCAACAUCCCCUCUGAGUUUCUCGACAAAUUUGAGGAGCCGUCACGCUUCUCACCAAGCUCUCCCCUUGUGAUAACAUACGACAUUAUACCUCUAGGUAGAUCAACUAUGUUACACAAGUUACACCGUUUGCUUUGCUUCGGCUCUUGCAGCUUUUGUUCCUCUUGCAAUGAGACCCAAGAAGUUUGUGCCGCAAACUAA